GUACUCAGAGCCUGGUUUAUCGUGACAUUACUCGACACAAGGUGUGAAUCUGAGAUCUCAUGUGUCUCUAGACACAUUUUCAAAACAAUUACUUGGGUUUUAGGACUCAACUGUCACCGUGACACAACAGUUGCACAAGAGUUGCUGUAACGUGACGACUGACAAACGAGGACUGUCCCGCUUUCUGCUGCGUAAUCAUGACCAACCAGAAGCAUCUCAGAAAUGCGGAGGGGAAGCAACCAGACGCAGCUGAGAAGAAUUCGCAGAUUUUAGAGUGAAGUCUGGUGCUGAAGACCAGCUGCAGUCCCAGAGAGCAGCUGGUUCAGCAGGGAGGACUGUUGAUGGACCAGUCCACCCUCCUGAGGAUAUUUCACUGAGGCGGUUGAGUGCACCGGACCGAACCAGAACCGCAUCGCCCCGGUCCGGCCAUGGACGAGCAGGCGGGCCCCGGUGUCUUCUUCACCAACAACAGCAACAGCUCGGGUCUGCCCGGCGCUGGGAAUAUCAAAGCUCCGCAGCCUGGCGACGUCGGCGGCGGCGGAGAGGCGGCCAGGGCUCAGUACAGCAUCCCGGGGAUUUUACACUUUCUCCAGCAUGAGUGGGCCCGCUUCGAGGUGGAGAGGGCGCAGUGGGAGGUCGACCGGGCCGAGCUGCAGGCUCAGAUCGCGUUCCUGCAGGGGGAGAGGCGAGGUCAGGAGAACCUGAAGAAAGACCUGGUGAGACGAAUCAAGAUGCUGGAGUACGCCCUCAAACAGGAGAGGGCCAAAUACCAUAAGCUGAAGUAUGGAACAGAACUGAACCAGGGGGAGAUCAAACCACCGAGUUAUGAUUCAGAUGAGGGGAAUGACAGUGAGGUUCCCAGUCCUCAAAACAGCAGCCAUCAGCUCAGCUGGAAACAGGGACGCCAGCUGCUCAGACAAUACCUGCAGGAGGUGGGAUACACAGACACCAUCCUGGAUGUGAAGUCCCAGAGGGUGAGGGCACUGCUCGGUCUGACCGGAGACUCAGGAGAGAAACCUUCAGAGAGGAAAACCGAACCCUUGGUCAACGGCACCGAACCGUCCUCGCUGAAGGACAGCGGCAUGGUCAGUAAACCCGACAUGUCCGACUCAGCCACCGUGUUGGAGGCCUUUAAGUUCAUAGAGAGCGCUGCGGCAGAGUUCAGCGACGAGGACGAGGAGGAGGACAGUGAAGCGAGGGACAAAACCAUCCUGGACCUGGCUGCAAUGGUGAAGAAGAAACAGUCGUCAACACCGUCCUCCACGACCUCUGACCUCAGCGACGACCCCGACACAGAGGAGGCCCUGAAGGGUUUCGAUUUCUUGGCCAGUCCGGAUGAGCUGGACGGAUCACCUGAGUCCAGGAGUGGCGAAGACAACGGAGAGUGGGAGAAGGAAGAGCAGUCUUCUCUGGGUGAGCUGGCUUGGGACGUGGACCAGGGACUGAUAGCCCAGCUCAAGGAGCAGUACAGGAAGGAACGCAAGGGCAAGAAGGGGGUGAAGAGACCCAACCGGUCUAAGCUGCAGGACAUGCUGGCUAACCUGCGGGAUGCUGAGGAGCUUCCCUCCAUGCAGCCCCCUGUGACGACCUCCUCCCGGCCCAGUGUACCCAGACUCAGCGAGCACGAAGUGGGACGCCCAGAUGAGGAGGCGCUGACCUUCCUGCCGUCGUCUGGGAAGUCGUUCAUCCUGGGCCGAGUGGACGAGGCGGUUUCUAACGAGCUCGGACUGGGAGAACUGGCCGGACUGACCGUUGCCAACGAGGCCGACAGCCUGGCGUACGACAUCACCAAUAACAAGGACGCUCUGAGGAAAACCUGGAACCCGAAGUUCACCUUGCGCAGCCACUUUGACUCAGUCCGGAGUCUGGCGUUCCACCCGGUGGAGCCAGUCCUGGUCACCGCCUCCGAGGAUCACACCCUCAAACUGUGGAACCUGCAGAAGACGGCGCCGGCCAAGAAAUGUGCUGCUUUAGAUGUUGAGCCCAUCUACACAUUCAGAGCCCACAGCGGGGCUGUGCUGUGCGUCACCAUGAGCUCGAGCGGCGAGCAGUGCUUCAGUGGAGGGAUGGACGGCACCAUUCAGAGCUGGAACACCCCCAACCCCAACAUUGACCCCUACGACUCAUAUGAGCCCUCGGUCCUGCGGGGGGCGCUGUGUGGUCACGCCGACUCGGUGUGGGGCCUGGUCUACAGCUCGGCUCACCACCGCCUCCUCUCCUGCUCGGCCGACGGGACGGUCCGGCUGUGGAACGCCGCAGACACCUCGCCGUCUCUGGCCGUUUUCAACGAGCGAGGAGAGCUCGGGGUGCCGACCUCGGUGGACCUGGUGAGCAGCGAGCCGGCUCACAUGGUGACGUCGUUCACCACCGGACACAUCGGACUCUUCAACAUGGAGACGCAGCAGCUCAUCCUGAAGCUGGAUUCUGCCGGACCACCAGAAGCUCCCUGCAAGAUCAACAAAGUGCUGAGUCAUCCCACGCUGCCAAUCACCAUCACGGCUCAGGAGGACCGGCACAUCCAGUUCUUCGAUAAUAACACAGGUAAACUGAUCCACGCCAUGGUCGCCCACCUGGACUCGGUCACGAGUCUCGCCGUGGAUCCAAACGGACUGUACCUCAUGUCUGGAAGUCACGACUGCUCGAUCCGUCUGUGGAACAUGGAGAGCAAAACGUGCAUCCAGGAGUUCACCGCCCACCGCAAGAAGUUUGAGGAGUCGAUCCACGACGUGGCGUUCCACCCCACCAAGUGCUACAUCGGCAGCGCUGGGGCCGACGCGCUCGCCAAGGUCUUCGUAUGACCUGAAACCGACGGGCUGUGGAGCUCCGAGGACGAGGGGAGAGGGAGCGCUGCGAUGGAGGAAGGUGGAGUUUGGGUAUAUAUAUAUAGAUAUAGAUAUAUAUCUAUAUCUAUAUAUAUAUUCUUUGGACAGAUGGAGGAGUUUGUUUCCACUUCCGAGUCUGGACGUCAAAGCAGAAAACUGAAGGUGACAGUGACCCGGACUGCUCCUUUAAGAUUCGUCAAAUAUUCGUUCCCGCCCAGCUCCUGGACUCGGGCUGGCCUGGGUCCCAAAAACAAACCAACCUCUGGAUGAGAAGGUGGAAGAGGCCAAACAUAAAAGCAGGAACCCUCGGUACAUUUUACACAAGCUGGAAUCUUUUCUUUCUCUCUUUUCUUUAGCAGGUAAAGACACAAGCUCCACCUCUCUCCCCCGUCACUAACCCCCAACACUCCGGUGUCUGUCGGCGUCGCUUUGAAACGUUUGUCAUGAUAAUGUGCCUUUUCCUUGGAACAUAAAUUCUUCUAGGUGUUGAGGAUUAGAAGCUGUGGGAGCAGCCGGUCGAAGUUUUUCUCCUCCAAACAGUAAAAUAACUCCGCUCGGUCACAUUUACGAUCAGAACUCGCACAAACCCGAACUUCACCUCUGGAUGACGUCUGGCUCUGCACAGGACGUGGUGGAUUUUUGCGUUUAAAUGGAUUUGGUGUGAUUGUUUUUUAUCUUUUGUCCUAAAACGACUUUAAGUCGGGCCUGCAGUCUGAGGAGGAAGAAGACUUGGGUCCGUUAGAUUUUGGAGAGCCGUCCGUCACGAGGACGGACUUUCGCCCCUUAAACACCCACACAGGAGGCAGGAGGUGAAAGGUCACGACCCUGAGCUGGUCUUGCUCGAGGACGCCGGCUGCGCUGGGUGGACAGUCGGGGUGGGGGAGGGCAGGUCAGAUCCCAGACACCUUCGGAGUUUCCUUUCAAACUAAGCUGGUUUUGAACGCAGCGACUCCUGCUGGAGCAACACGAUCUGAUCCGAAAUCGGCCGCUAUCUGUCGCGGAGGAGAACCAGGCUCUGGCCUGCAGUCGCAGCCGUCAGUCAGGCCGGUGGCGCCAACGUGACCACCGUGUCGACAACCACACGAAAACGUCACACUCUUCAUUCACGCAUUCACUCGAGGACUGCGCCCAUCCGGAGACGUCCCAUCGUCCCAGAUUCAUUCCUGCCGUCAGAGACCAGAAGACCAAGGAGUCUUGCAGCAGAUGGUCCGGCCCCCACAGAGCCCUGAUCUCAGAUCACAGAGUCAGUCUGGGACCACGUGAAGAGACACUGAGACAGACUGAAUCCACGGAGGACCUGUGGCAGGUUCUCUCCAGUGUCCAAAGCUUUUGCACAGCCUGUCCCUGCCACUGCUGUGACGACUGACUGCAGCCAGCAGAGCAGGAUUAUAUAGAACUGGAUGGUGGGACUUGGCUAACGGGGUCUAAAGCUGAGUUCCACAUGAAAGCUCCACACAGAUUCCCUUUCCUUCCACAAGUGGAUCGACUGCUGACAGAGUUCCAGUCUGAAAUGUUGCCCUUCCUGGUACAUCGCUAGUCCCAUCUAUAUAUUAGUCCAAUGAGACACAGCUGCCCAGCGCACGCUGAAGCUACAGCCUGGAAACGAGCGGGAAAAUAAAUAUCUACGCAGCAGCAGAGGCUGUCGACUUUAUCCAAAUCCCGAAGGUUCUGGUCCAAAGCUGAUGAGUGUAGGAGCUGAAAUAAUGGAGCUGUGGUUUGCUGGGAAGCGAGGACUCCACCAACGGAGAGAGAGAGAAAUGAGCGUCGCUGUUGAGUUGGCGCAGCGGAGGCAGCGGCCGCCAGACGGCCGAUACCUCAACCGUCAACCUCCACUAAAACGUCCUGGCCUUCACUCUGCCAGCUGAGUUUAGGGGCAGCGGCAGGUCAGGUCCUGGUCUCGAGUCUCAGCGACGCUUUGUACCAGAGACGCGUCCCUCCUCAUCCCGCGGGCCACUACAGACGGGACGUCCUGUGGGAUCAUUUUGAAAUGAAACCCUUCGGUGUGUGUGUGGAGACUGUGCGGGUCUGAUGGUAACUGUAACGAACCGUACGGAGCCUCCACCUGAAAACAGAUGUGCUGUCGCGUGACACCGUGAUAGGUGUCGAUCAGACGAAGAGCUUCUUCCCAAAGUCAAAUCUCACCUGAAAACAUCUGGAGCAAAACGUUUCUCUAAAUUUUGGCCAAUCUGUUUCAGUUUGAAGUUUCCUCCCGCGGUUGUAGGACGUUUUGGAUUGAAUUUCCUCGGAUUCGGGAGUUUUGAUCAACAUGGUGGCGACGAGGCUCGAUUUGUAAACCUGCUGCUUUUAAAUGUGUAUUUAUACUUCAAAUCCUGACAAACUGCAGCACGAAGAACCUGCAGUGAAGCUUUUCUCGUUUAUUUCUUCUACUUUAGCCACAUAAAGUAUUUAUUAGGAUUUUAAAAGGCCAAAUUAAAGCCAAAAGAUUGAACCGAGACGACGAGAUGCUCCCGACUAAUCCUGACGGAUGUUGUUGCUAAUGCUAAUUAGCUCAUUCUGUUGUCAAAUAACAACAAUAACAAGUAACACCUUUUAGUUCCAGAUUUGUACAUGCUUUAUAUGCUGACUGCCUGAAAAUAUUGUAUUUUGUGUAAUUAUUAUUAUUUGGAUUAAUUACUAGUUUUUUAAAAGACUCUUUGUGUUUGGUGACAGACUCGUAUGAUACAGUAGAUAUUUUUUUUAAAGACCUUAUUUUCUGUUUUACUUGAAAAGUGACGUUUAUUCUUCUGGGGUUUCCGCUGGUGGUGUUAGAAGUACUUCCAGCACACGGGACUUCACCUCUCAGCACCACCUAACACUUUUUAGCUUUGCUUUUCACCAAAUGAUCAUCUCAGAAAUGCAGCUGCGCUCCUGGCGCGGCGGGAAGCUCGGGAAAUCCGUCUGCUUUUCUUUUAACGUAAACUUAAGGAGUGUAAAAAGGGGAAACAGAUAUUUGUACAGUUUUCGGGUAUUAAAGCAGAUCUAUUUAUUAACCUGGUGUAAAGGGUAUAUUAAGGGAAAUUUUAACCGCAAAGUGAAAGCUGCCGAGUCAUUUAACGACUUCUAGAUGAGCCGAAGGAUCAAACGUAGUUUGUGUGACAAGUAAAUACACAGCGAGCCGGUGGCUGCGGUUUAAAUCCAGCUGUCCUGUAAAAAGAUGUCGAAAAUGAAUGGAGUCUGGUCGUUUGCCACGUUAAAGACAUUUUAAAUUUGACUCAGUCAUGUGGAGUUCCACACUGAGCCAGUUCAUUUUUAAAAAUACUGAGUCCCGUGAAGGGUGAGACCCACGUCAUUUUCAUAGAGAUCCGCGUCCACACUGGAACGUCUGAACAGUAGAAAACAGCUAAAUCUCUUCAUUCAUACAGGUUAGUACUGAACGUUAAAAUGUCCCCUUGACUUUAGGGCCACUCAGCCGUUUCCAAAAGCUCGGCCUUCCUCGUCCCCUUGACGUGUCCGCGUUGGAGACCGUUUUGAAACAAUGCCGGCGCCCCCAUACACACGGGCUGUAGCGGAAUUCUUUCUUUACUGUUCUGGAGUCACCUCCUCUGCAAGCUUCUGCGGCGUGCAGUUACCCAACACACUCUUCUCUGAGUAGGUUCACUGACACGCUUUCGCGGAGCUUUGCAGAACCUAAAUUCCGGUUGACCUGGAAAUGGAAGUCCAGGUUUGUUUAUUGGAACUGAUCACACAAUUUUUACACAGGAAAAACAGAAACGGGAAAAACAUCUACAGCAGUGGAAACAAGGCAAAGAGCAGAUUCAUCUUGUCUGACUUUUCUCUGCUGGAGGGUUUUAGCUCUUCGGGCCUUUAAAAACUAUUCGUACGAAACAAUCUGAGAAAGAAACACUCGGGUCGAACGGCGGCCUGUGGUGGUGAACCACCGAUGCACAGUGACAGAAAACAGUGAAGGGAUCCAGGAAACGAGCAGAAUCCCGUUGAGCCGAGCUCGAAGUCACAUGAUCGGAUCUGCGGAGAUUGUUAUCGGAGUCCGGUUGCUCGUGGCCUCAUCAUUACAUCUCAUGAAGCAGAAACACGACCGCUCGCAGAGCUCGUGUCUGCAAGUGACCGUUUCAAGCAGCCUGAGGUGCAGAAAGUUAAGGCGCAGUUUUUGGUUUCAUUUCAUACUCGACUAAUACAAAGAUAAUCGGAAACCGAUUCAUUAAGAACCUUCGGAGCAAUAGAAUCAGUCCGUUUGCCAACCAUCUCCUCUCAUUUGCCAUUUUACACUUUGCUUAUAAAAGCAUCACAGGUGGAACCGGUCACUCUCACAGGACAUGAAGAGUAACACUAGCCGGCAGCGACGUAGGCAGCUGAACUGUGUCGGUCAAACUGUUUUCAGAUUUCCACUUUGUCGUCCUCAGUGGCCCAAAGCGGGGCUGAACCUUCAACCUGAAACCUGAACGACGGCUGUUGUCGGGUCCAGUGUGUCUGUGAAUGAUUGUAUCGUCCUUUGGUGUGUACAGUGAAACGUCAGAGAUGACAGAAGCUGACCUGGUUGUGCAUAAAGUACAUACAGGUGUUGUUUUUUCUUUUUUCACCUUCUUUUUAUUUUCUAAAUGGGAGAGUGACAGAUUUAUCAGUAACAAGAAUAAAGGAAUAUGUUGUAUAUCA